AUGGCGCCACUUCUCCCCAUGGAGAAAGGAUUCACUUUGCCCCAGGACUUUGUACACAGCCUGAAGAUUCGGGGCAAAUACGUCUUGUUCCUGGCAUUUGUGGUCAUGGUUUUUGUCUUCAUUGAAAAGGAAAAUAAAAUCAUAUCCAGGGUCUCGGACAAGCUGAAGCAGAUCCCUCAAUUUGUGGCAGAUGCCAACAGCACCGACCCAGCCUUGCUCUUAUCAGAAAAUGCAUCUCUCUUGUCGCUGAGCGAGUUGGAUUCCGCCUUCUCCGAGCUGCAGAACCGCCUGCGGAACCUCAGCCUGCAGCUGGGCGCGGAGCCAGUGAUGGAGGCCCAGGGGCAGGAGGCUGCCGCGGAGAAGCCGUCCCAGCAGGCUGGAGCCGGGCACCGGCGCCACGUGCUCCUCAUGGCCACCACCCGCACGGGCUCCUCGUUCGUGGGCGAGUUCUUCAACCAGCAGGGCAACAUCUUCUACCUCUUCGAGCCGCUGUGGCACAUCGAGCGGACCGUGUUCUUCCAGCAGGGGGGCGCCAGCGCCGCGGGCUCCGCGCUGGUCUACCGGGAUGUCCUCAAGCAGCUGUUGCUGUGCGACCUGUAUGUGCUGGAGCCCUUCAUCAGCCCGCCGCCCGAGGACCACUUGACUCAGUUCCUGUUCCGCCGGGGAUCCAGCCGCUCGCUCUGCGAGGAUCCAGUGUGCACGCCCUUCGUCAAGAAGGUCUUCGAGAAGUACCACUGCAGGAACCGUCGCUGCGGGCCACUCAAUGUGACCUUGGCGGCAGAGGCCUGCCGGCGUAAGGACCACAUGGCCCUCAAGGCCGUGCGCAUCCGGCAGCUGGAGUUCCUGCAACCGCUGGCCGAGGACCCGAGGCUGGACUUGCGAGUCAUCCAGCUAGUGCGCGACCCUCGGGCCGUGCUGGCCUCACGCAUAGUGGCCUUCGCGGGCAAGUACGAGAGCUGGAAGAAGUGGCUGGCGGAGGGGCAGGACCGGCUGAGCGAGGAUGAAGUGCAGCGGUUGCAGGGCAACUGUGAGAGCAUCCGCCUGUCUGCAGAGCUGGGCUUGCAGCAGCCCGCCUGGCUGCGCGGUCGCUACAUGCUGGUUCGCUACGAGGACGUGGCACGCAGGCCGCUGCAAAAGGCCAGAGAGAUGUACAGCUUCGCGGGCAUCCCCCUGACUCCACAGGUGGAGGACUGGAUCCAGAAGAACACACAAGCGGCCUGCGACAGCAGCGACAUCUAUUCCACCCAGAAGAACUCCUCGGAGCAGUUCGAGAAGUGGCGCUUCAGCAUGCCCUUCAAGCUGGCACAGGUGGUGCAGGCUGCCUGCGGCCCGGCCAUGCGCCUCUUCGGCUACAAGCUGGCCAGGGAUGCCGCCUCGCUCACCAACCGCUCCAUCAGCCUGCUGGAGGAGCGGGGCACCUUCUGGGUCACGUAG